GAGAGGGCGUGGCCGAGGGCGGGGCGACACGAGAGUGGGCGGAGGAAGAAGGAGGUGGGCGGAGUGUCGGCGCGCGAACGCUGUUUCUCGAGUCUCUUUCUCCCCGUCUUUGUUUCCUACUCUUUUGUUAGCCAUGCCGAGCCUGCUCGUGCUCGCAGGCAUCAUGGAGAAGAACGGGGGCUACGGCGGCGAUCUGGCCGUCUCCGGCUUCGGGGCCGAGGGGCUGCUCGUGCCGCCCGACGAGGAGGAGGACGACUCCCGGGCGCUCCGGGUGGCCCUGGGCCAGCUGUCGCUGCUCGGUCUCGGGGAAGCAGAGGACGGCGGUGGUGGCGGCGGCGGCGGCGGCGGUGGCGGCGGAGGAGGAGGAGGAGUGGGAGGAGGAGGAGGAGGAGGAGGGGGUGGCGGCGGAGGAGGAGGAGGCGGUGGCGGUGGCGGGACGCCCGCAUCUGGAACCCCGGACCGCAGCAACAACAACAACAACAAUCACAACGGCGGCAUGGCGGGAGGCGGCGGGGACGCGGCGCUGCUGCAGGGCAAGGGCAAGCUGUGCGCGCUGUACGAGAGCUCCCCGUCGGAAACGAAGGCGCGCGGCUGCAACAUCACCGAGUGCGUGCCCGUCCCCAGCUCCGAGCAUGUGGCCGAGAUCGUGGGGCGACAAGGGUGCAAGAUCAAGGCUCUGCGUGCCAAGACCAACACGUACAUCAAGACCCCUGUGCGUGGCGAGGAACCCGUGUUCCUCAUCACGGGGCGCAAGGAGGACGUCUCCCUGGCACGGCGCGAGAUCAUAUCUGCCGCGGAGCACUUCUCCAUGCUGCGAGCGUCCCGCAACAAGCUGGGCGUGUCCUUCGGUGGCUCCCCACCCGCCCCGCUGCCCGGCCAGACCACCAUCCAAGUGCGGGUGCCUUAUCGUGUGGUAGGGCUGGUGGUGGGCCCCAAAGGCUCCACCAUCAAGCGCAUCCAGCAGCAGACUUGCACCUACAUCGUCACGCCCAGCCGUGACCGCGACCCCGUUUUUGAGAUCACUGGCUCGCCCAGCAACGCAGAGAGGGCUCGGGAGGAGAUAGAGUCUCACAUCGCCUUCCGCACCGGCGGGCUGCAUGACCUCAACAAUGAGAACGACUGCCUGGGGCCCGAGGGCGGAGGAGGGGGCGGCGGCGGCGGCGGCAGCGGCGGCGGCCUGGACAGCCGACUGCAGCACGUGUGGAGCGUCCAGGGAGGGCAGCGCAAACCGCUCGCCAGCAGCUACCGUCAAAACUUCUCCGACGCCUUGGUCAGUGGUGGCGGCAGCGUCGGGGGACUCUACGGCAAGGCCGGUGACUUCGCCGGCAGCAGCGAGAAACCGUCCUCCUACUUUGGCUCAGACGGGAGCCCGUGUUGGGGCGACCCCGAGUACUCCAAACAGGCAGCCUACUACACCCAGCAGCGCUCCAAAAGCUUUGGCGGUCUCCCUCUGCUGGCCAGCCGGCUGUCGCCGGGCCUCCCCGAGCCGGGCUCCAGCACCGCGGCUGGCGGUCCGCCCCACGCCCAGGCCCGGCGCGCCCACAGCGAGCCCAUUUCGGCCAGCGCGGGCUUUCCCGGCCGCCUACCGGCUGCCGACUCGCCGCCUGCCGCGCCCCGGGACUGCAUGACCUGCUUUGAGAGCAAGGUGACGGCCGCCCUGGUGCCUUGCGGACACAACCUGUUCUGCAUGGAGUGCGCCAUCCGCAUCUGCGAGCUGAGCCACCCCGAGUGCCCCGUGUGCCACGCCUUGGUCACUCAGGCCAUCCGGAUAUUCUCCUAAAGCCUCAGCCGCCUCUCUCCGUUCUCUUCUUAACCUCCUUUUUUAAAUCAUCUUCUUUUAUACAGUUACCACCGUUCUGGGGUUUUUUUUUUUUUUUUU